CUUUCCCAACGUGCCAGCCACUCACCGAAUUCAGCUGCUCAAAUGGACGCUGCAUCAGUGUCAAGUGGCACUGCGAUUCAGAUGAUGACUGUGGCGAUGGCAGUGAUGAAGUGGGCUGCAUGCAGACCUGCUCAAACACUCAGUUUCAGUGUACCAGUGGGCGCUGUAUUCCAGCAGACUGGGCUUGUGAUGGUGACAAUGACUGUGGGGAUUUCAGCGAUGAGAACACAACCUGCAGAGGUGGACCUGCAUUGCUCCCACCUGUGAUUGAAUGCAGUGGGGAUGAGUUCCAUUGUGUUGAGGAUGGAACCUGCAUCCCUGAACGUUGGAGAUGUGAUGGAGACAAGGACUGUGAGGACGGAAGUGAUGAGAAAGACUGCGAGGGCACCAAAAGGAUGUGUGACCCGAAGGCCAAGUUCACCUGCAAAGAUACAGGCAAGUGCAUCACAAAGAGUUGGGUAUGUGAUGGAGACAUUGACUGUGAGGACCGAUCCGAUGAAGAGUCUUGCGAAUCAUCUGUUUGCAAGCCCCCAAAGUACCCUUGUGCCAACGAAAGCUCGGUUUGCCUGACGCCUGAUAAGAUCUGCAAUGGCAAAGUCGACUGUGCUGACCGUUCGGAUGAAGGACCCAUCUGUGACAUGUGUCUCGUAGCCAGAGGGGGCUGCAGUCACCAGUGCACGGUGGCACCGGGGAAAGGAGUUGUGUGUUCCUGUCCCCCUGGACUUCACCUGGAUUCAAGCAACAAGACAUGCGAGGCAGUGGACUACUGCAGCCGUCACCUGAAGUGCAGUCAGGUGUGUGAGCAGUACAAGACCACGGUGAAGUGCUCCUGUUAUUCUGGAUGGAUACUCGAUGCAGAUGGAGACAGCUGUCACAGCACAGAUCCUUUUGAAGCUUUCAUCAUUUUCUCAAUCCGACAUGAGAUAAGACGAAUAGACCUUCACAAGCGAGACUACAGUCUGCUGGUGCCAGGACUGAGGAACACAAUUGCUUUGGACUUCCAUUUUAACCGUAGCCUGCUGUACUGGACAGACGUGGUGGAAGAUAAGAUCUACAGAGGAAGGCUCUCGGAGACGGGUGGAGUGGCAGGUAUUGAGGUGGUUGUUCAGCAUGGGUUAGCCACCCCAGAGGGCCUGGCUGUGGACUGGAUUACAGGGAAACUCUAUUGGAUUGACAGCAAUUUGGACCAGAUCGAGGUAGCCAAGCUUAACGGAGAAAUGCGGACCACUCUGAUCGCGGGAGGCAUGGAGCAUCCACGAGCCAUCGCUCUCGACCCAGGACAGGGAAUUCUCUUCUGGACUGACUGGGAUGCAACAUUUCCAAGAAUUGAGGCUGCUUCCAUGAGUGGGAGCGGGAGACACAUUGUGUUUAAGGAUAUGGAGAUUGGAGCCUGGCCUAAUGGACUAACACUGGAUCAUUUAGAAAAAAGGAUUGUUUGGACAGAUGCACGCUCCGAUGCCAUUUUCUCUGCACUCUACGAUGGCACUGGGGUCAUAGAAAUCCUCAGGGGCCAUGAAUACCUGUCCCAUCCCUUUGCUGUGUCUCUCUUUGGUGGAAAUGUCUACUGGACAGACUGGAGAACAAACACAUUAGCCAGAGCCAAUAAGUGGACAGGUCAAAACGUCACUGUCAUCCAGAAGACAAGUGCUCAACCUUUCGACUUGCAGAUCUUCCAUCCCAGCCGGCAACCACGAGCCUCUAACCCUUGCGAAGAGAAUGAUGGACGUGGUCCCUGUUCACAUCUGUGUCUCAUCAAUUACAACCGCACCGCGUCAUGCACCUGUCCACACCUCAUGAAGCUUUCAGCCAACAAACAAUCCUGCUUUGCGCUGAAAAGGUUUCUUCUGUAUGUGCGACGCUCUGAAAUCCGUGGUGUUGACAUUGAUAACCCCUACAUGAACGUUAUGACGGCGCUGACGGUGCCAGACAUUGACGAUGUCACAGUAGUGGACUUUGAUGCUCAGGAGGAGAGGAUCUACUGGGCUGACAUCAAAAGUCAAACCAUCAAACGGGUGUUCAUCAACGGCACCCAGCUGGAGACCAUCAUUUCUUCAGACAUAGCAAACUGUCGGGGUCUGGCUUUAGACUGGCUUUCUAAGAACUUGUACUGGGUCAGCUCGGAAAAUGACGAGUCACAAAUCAAUGUGGCCCGCUUUGAUGGGUCCCUGAAGACGUCCAUCAUCCACGGCAUUGACAAGCCAAGGUGCCUCGUAGUGCACCCUGCCAAAGGGAAAAUCUACUGGACAGAUGGCAACACCAUUAACAUGGCCAACAUGGAUGGGAGUAACAGCAAAGUCCUCCACCAGAAUCAAAAGGAUCCUGUAGGUCUCUCAAUAGACUUCACUGCCAACAAGCUCUACUGGAUAAGCUCGGCCAAUGGCACAAUCAACAGGUGCAAUCUGGACGGCGGAGGGCUGGAAGUGCUGGAGACUCUAAAGAGGGUGCUAGCCAAAGGCACAGCUCUGGCCGUAAUGGGUGGCAAACUGUGGUGGGCUGAUGAUGAGUCAGCACAGCUGGGGACAGUCACCAAAAGAGACGGCCGGAACUUUUUGAUUCUGAGAAACAAGACAAGUGGUGUUGUCCAUAUGAAAGUGUACGACAGGGAGGGCCAUAAAGGAAGAAAUCCGUGCCAAGUGAACAAUGGAGGAUGCUCCCAGCUCUGCUUCCCAACCUCAGAGAACACCCGCAGUUGUUCCUGCACUGUUGGAUAUAAUCUACGCAGCGAUCGUACAUCCUGCGAAGGUGUUGACUCAUUUCUACUGUAUUCCAUCCAUGAGGGAAUCCGUGGAAUUGCAUUAGACCCGAAUGACAACAGUGAAGCCCUCAUGCCCAUCACAGGGACUCUGUUUGCUGUGGGGGUUGACUUUCAUGCAGGAAAUGACACAGUGUACUGGACAGAUAUGGGGCUCAACAGAAUAUCCCGCGCCAAACGUGAUCAGACCUGGCGGGAAGACGUCAUCACUACAGGCAUCAGUCGAGUUGAAGGCAUCGCUGUUGACUGGAUCGCUGGAAACCUGUACUGGACAGAUCAUGGUUUUAAUCUGAUUGAAAUCUCCCGCCUUAACGGUGCAUAUCGCUCAGUGGUGAUAUCUGAAGGACUUGACCAGCCAAGAGCCAUUGCUGUCCAUCCACAAAAAGGUUACCUUUUCUGGAGCGAAUGGGGGCAGAAUCCCUGCAUUGGCCGCUCUCGUCUGGAUGGCUCAGACCAAGUUACCCUGGUUAAUUCGGGCAUCAUAUGGCCCAAUGGGAUUUCCAUAGACUUUGAGGAAAACGCAUUAUAUUGGUGCGACGCACGCACAGAUAAGAUCGAAAGGAUCAACCUUGAAACAGGUGAGAGCCGGGAGAUUGUAAUGUCAGCGGCCAACGUAGACCUGUUCUCUGUGGCUGUGUUUGGGCCUUACAUCUACUGGUCUGACAGGGCCCAUUCCAAUGGCUCAAUCCGGCGAGCUUUUAAGACCGACGCCAGUGAGGAUGUAACCAUGAAGAGUGGCCUAGGGGUCAAUUUGAAAGAUGUGACAGUUUUCAACAGAGAUAGGGAAAAAGGCACCAACCCCUGUGCCAGGGGCAACGGAGGCUGCCAGCAGCUGUGCUUUCACCUGGGAAGCGGUCGGCGAACCUGCUCCUGUGCCCACGGUCGCUUGGCAGACGACGGUUUUGCCUGCGAGCGCUAUGAAGGUUAUUUACUCUUCUCUGAAAGAACUAUCCUGAAAAGCAUCCACCUCUCAGAUGAGAACGACCUCAACUCACCGGUUCAGCCACUGGAAAAUCCGGCUUUCUUCAAGAACAUUGUUGCACUGGCCUUUGACUACAAUCAGAGCAAAUCUGGGACCAACCGGAUCUUUUUCAGCGAUGCACAUUAUGGAAAUAUACAGAUUAUUAACGACGACUGGGCAGGACGAUAUGUUAUUGCAGAAAAUGUGGGUUCAGUGGAGGGUCUGGCUUAUCACCGAGCUUGGGACACCUUGUACUGGACCAGUUCCACUACAUCUACCAUCUCCAGACAAACCGUGGACCAGAACCGAGUCGGUGCCUUUUCCAGGCAGGCUGUGGUCACUCUUUCAGAGGAAGACCACCCGCACGUACUGGCCCUGGAUGAGUGUCAGAGCUUGAUGUUUUGGACCAACUGGAAUGAGCAGAGGCCCAGCAUAAUGAGAUCCACGUUGGCUGGCAAGAACAUCAGGAUUAUAAUCAGCUCUGACAUCCUGACACCAAAUGGACUGACAAUUGACCACAAAGCAGAAAAGCUCUACUUCUCAGAUGGAAGCCUUGGCAAGAUUGAGAGGUGUGACUACGACGGCUCCAGUCGAUAUGUCAUACUUAAAUCAGGACCCGGAAACUUCUAUGGGCUGGCCAUCUAUGCAGAUUUUAUCUACUGGUCUGACUGGGCCCGUCGAGCUGUCCUACGAUCAAAUAAGUACACUGGUGCUGACACCAAGGUGCUUCGAGCCGAUAUACCCCAUCAGCCAAUGGGAAUAAUAGCUGUGGCAAAGGAUACCAAUAACUGUGAGCUCUCCCCAUGCCGACACAUGAACGGAGGCUGCGGUGACCUCUGUUUGCUGACAGCUCAUGGAAGGGUCAACUGCACUUGCCGUGGAGAGCGUGUGCUGCUGGAUGACAACAGAUGUGUGUCAGAAAAUUCAUCAUGUAACAUUUACACUGAAUUUGAGUGUGGAAAUGGAGAGUGUAUCGACUAUCAGCUAACCUGUGACGGCGUGGCUCACUGCAAAGAUAAAUCAGAUGAGAAGAUGCAGUACUGUGACAACAGGACCUGCCGGAGGGGUUUUAGACCCUGCUACAACCAGAGAUGUGUGGCCAGUGGUCGUUUCUGUGAUGGGAUCGAUGACUGUGGGGAUAACUCGGAUGAAGCCUUCUGUAGCAAUACCACAUGUGGCUCAUCUGAAAUGUCUUGCAAGGAUGGGAGCUGCGUAUCCGUCUCAGCUUGGUGUAACCAGGUCAUUGACUGUGCCGAUGCCUCAGAUGAAAAAAACUGCAACCACACCGAUUGCUCUCACUUUUACAAGCUGGGGGUGAAAGAAAAGGAUUUCAUCAGCUGCAACUCCACCUCGCUGUGCAUCCAUCCGUCAUGGACCUGUGAUGGUGCAAAUGACUGCGGAGACUACGCAGAUGAAACCAACUGCCUGGUUUCCCACGGGCAGAAGUGCGAGGAGGGCCACUUUGCUUGCCCGAGUGGGAAUUGCAUUUCUAGUGUGUGGCUGUGUGACGGCCAAAAAGACUGUGAAGAUGGAGCAGAUGAAUUCCAGUGUGACUCAUCCUGCCUGUGGAACCAGUUCGCUUGCUCCAAGAACAAGUGCAUUGCCAAACAGUGGCUGUGCGAUGGGGAGAACGACUGCGAGGACGGACUCGACGAGAGUGUGCAGAUCUGCGGCACAGUAACUUGUGCUCCAGGGUUAUUCAGCUGUCCUGGAUCGUAUGCCUGCGUUCCCAAACGUUGGCUUUGUGAUGGUGAGAGGGACUGUCCUGAUGGAAGCGACGAACUCUCUCCAGCAGGCUGUGCACCAAACAACACAUGUGAUGACAACUCAUUUCGGUGCCACAACAAAGCGUGCAUCCCCCAGCGAUUCGUCUGUGACCAUGAUAACGACUGUGGAGAUGGAUCUGACGAGUCCGUGGAAUGUGUCUAUCGCUCCUGUGGAUCUGGGGAGUUUCGCUGCGGGGACGGCCGCUGUCUUCUCAGCUCUCAGUGGGAGUGUGACGGCUAUGCGGACUGUCCCGAUCACUCAGAUGAACUGCCGCUGAACCUCAAAUGUCUUGCUGCAGGAAGCUUGUGUAACGGCUCCUUCUUCAUGUGCUCCAAUGGCCGCUGCAUAUCUCAGGGGAAUCUGUGUGAUGGGAAAGAUGACUGUGGAGAUGGAUCAGAUGAGAGGAACUGCAAUGUGAAUGAAUGUUUGAACCGCAGAGUCAGUGGGUGCACACAGGACUGCCAGGAUCUCACUGUGGGCUACAAGUGUAAAUGCUGGCCUGGUUUCCACCUGAAAGAUGAUGGGAAGACUUGUGUGGAUGUUGAUGAGUGCUCCACUACCCUCCCUUGUAGCCAGCGCUGCAUCAACACCUACGGGUCCUACAGGUGCCUCUGUGUGGACGGUUAUGAGCCUGUGGAUCGCAACCCAAACACAUGCAAGGCUAUAUCAGCUGAGGAGCCUUUUCUCAUCAUGGCAGACCACCAUGAGAUCCGCAAACUGAGCGUGGAUGGUUCAAAUUACACCAUUUUAAAACAGGGCCUCUACAACAUCAUCCACCUAGAUUUUGACUACAAAAAGGAAUUCAUCUACUGGGUGGAUUCGACCAGGCCGAGUGGUCGAAAGAUCAACAGAAUGCGCCUAAAUGGGAGCGACCUUAAGAUUGUCCACAGGACAGCGGUGCCCAGUGCUUUAGCAGUGGAUUGGAUUGGAAAAAAUCUGUACUGGUGUGACGCAGAAAAGAAAACACUAGAAGUGUCAAAAGCGAACGGCCUCUACCCGACCAUCCUGAUCAGUUCUGGUCUCAAGAACCCCACAGAUCUUGCUCUGGAUCCCCAGACAGGGUAUGUGUUCUGGGUAGACUGCUGUGAGCCCGCUCAUAUUGGACGUAUAGGCAUGGACGGCCGGGGGCAAAUGGUUAUCAUUGACACAGAGAUCUAUAGCCCCACUGCUCUCACUAUUGAUUAUACCAACAAGAGAGUGUACUGGGCAGACGACAACCACAUCCUGUUUGCCAACAUGGAUGGCACCCAGAGACGCAAAGUGUCCUAUGACCACAUCCAAGGAGUAAUGGCACUGACUUUGUUUGAGGACUUUGUGUAUUGGACUGAUGGGAAGUCUAAGUCACUCCGACGUGCUCACAAGACUACUGGCACUCAAGCGAUUGAGCUCCUCAACUCCUGGCAAGCCAUCAAAUCAAUCAAGGUCUACCACUCACUACGGCAGCCUGAAGUGCCCAAGCACCAGUGCCAGAUUGCAAAUGGUGGAUGCAGCCAUUUAUGUCUUCUUUCCCCUGGUGGGGAACACAAAUGUGCCUGUCCCACAAACUUUUACCUUGCUGCCGACAACAGAACCUGCCUCUCCAACUGCACCUCCAGUCAGUUUCGCUGUGGGACAGAUGAGUGCAUCCCUUUCUGGUGGAAGUGCGACACGGUGGAUGACUGCGGGGAUGGCUCAGACGAACCCCCUGAUUGCCCGGAAUUCAAAUGUCAGCCUGGGCGUUUUCAGUGCGGUACAGGCCUCUGUGCUCUUCCUCCCUUCAUCUGUGAUGGAGAGAACGACUGCGGUGACAACACAGAUGAGGCCAACUGUGAGACAUACAUCUGCCUGUCAGGCCAGUUCAAGUGCACCAGAAAACAGAAAUGUAUCCCCCUAAACCUGCGCUGCAACGGUCAGGACGACUGUGGUGACGGAGAGGAUGAGACAGACUGCCCUGAAAGCACCUGCUCCCCUGACCAGUUCCAGUGUAAGGCAUCAAUGCACUGCAUCUCCAAGCUUUGGGUUUGUGAUGAGGACCCCGACUGUGCAGACGGGUCAGAUGAGGCCAACUGUGAUGAAAAGACCUGUGGACCUCAUGAAUUCCGCUGUGAGAAUAACAACUGCAUCCCCGACCACUGGAGGUGUGACAGCCAGAAUGACUGCGGAGACGGCUCAGACGAGGAGAACUGCAAGCCUGUCACCUGUAACCACAAAGACUUUGCCUGUGCAAAUGGAGAGUGCAUUUCAUCCCGGUUCCGCUGUGACGGAGAUUAUGACUGCUUGGACAAUUCAGAUGAGAGAGGCUGUGAGGCGCGCUGUGCCGAUGACCAGUUUCGGUGUCACAACAACCUCUGCAUCUCACUCAAGUGGUUGUGUGACGGUCAAGAAGACUGCAAGAUGGGGGAAGAUGAAAAAAGCUGCCAUGGAACAGUGGGCCCAUCUUGCUCUGUAAAUGAGUAUGUGUGUGCCAGUGGAGGGUGUGUGUCAGCCAGCCUGCGGUGUGAUGGACAUGACAACUGCCUUGACGGCUCAGAUGAGAUUGGUUGUGUGAAGGAGUGCAGAGAGGAUGAAUUUCUGUGCCUGAAUCGCGCUCACUGCAUCCCUCGACGCUGGCGAUGUGAUGACGUGUUGGACUGCAUGGAUCACAGCGAUGAAGAAAACUGCAACCAUGGAACAUUUUUCUGUCGAGCCGAUGAAUUCAUCUGUAAUAACACCUUAUGUAAGCUCCACACAUGGGUAUGUGAUGGCAAGGAUGACUGUGGCGAUAACUCUGAUGAAGAUGCAGAAAUGUGUGCUAAGCUUCCUUGCCCACCUACGAGGCCUUUCCGCUGUAGAAACGAUCAUGUGUGUCUGCGCAUGGACCAAGUCUGCAACAAAGUGGAUGACUGCGGCGACAAUUCGGAUGAAGAAGAAUGCGAGGUGGUAGCUGGAAGGCCUCGGCCUUGUGGCAAGACAGAGUUCACCUGCAGUAAUCAACGUUGCAUCCCGAUGCCGCUUCAGUGUGACCUCUUCAACGACUGCGGCGACGGCGGCUCAGACGAGCAGGACUGCAAGUCAUUUUCCAGUGGAGAUGUGUGCGGAAAGAAAACAAAUCCAUGUGGGGAGGAUGCAAUUUGCAACCAAACAAAUGCUAAUGCGAUAUGUCAGUGCAAACCUGGUUUCAAGAGGAACCAAAAGACGGGCCAGUGUGAAGAGAUGAAUGAGUGUCUCCAGUUUGACACAUGUCCUCAUUACUGCACAAACACUAAGGGAUCCUUUAAAUGUACGUGCGAUCGGAACUAUAAGGAGAUGAACGGCAACUGUGUUGUUAAAGGACAAGAUGACAGAGUGCUUUACAUAGCCAACGACACUGAAAUCCGAAGCUUUGUGUAUCCAUAUAACCAGAGCCAGGGACAUAAACUGCUCACUCACAUUGAGGACAAUGCUCGCAUUAUCGGGAUGGAUGUUCUGUUUCAUCAGCAAAAGUUUAUAUGGGCUACCCAGUUUAACCCUGGUGGGAUCUUUUACAAGGACACUCUUGAAAGAGGCCAAACAAAAGCAAAUGUUAAGAACAUUUGUUCAGAUUUCCGUCGUCCUAGAGACAUUUCUGCUGACUGGAUCACGGGAAACAUUUAUUGGACUGAUCACUCCCGGAUGCACUGGUUCAGCUAUUACACAGCCCACUGGACUAAAUUACGAUAUUCCAUAAAUGUGGGCCAACUUAAGGGACCAAAUUGCACUCGCUUGAUUACUGACAUAGCAGGAGAGCCAUAUGCCAUUACUGUAAACCCAGCCAGGGGAAUGAUGUACUGGAGUGUUAUUGGCGAUCACUCUCAAAUAGAGGAAUCAGCCAUGGAUGGAUCAUUACGCAGAGUUCUCUUGGAGAAAAAUCUUCGGAGACCCACUGGGCUGGCAAUUGAUUACUUCAACCAGCGUAUUUACUGGGCUGAUCCUGAGCUCUCACAGAUAGGGAGCAUGAGAUUGGAUGGCUCGGACCCCCUUGUGACAAUCAGCGACAGACACGGAAUUUCUCAGCCAUACAGAAUUGAUUUAUUUGAGGACUACAUCUAUGGAACUGGACUAAAACAUGAGCUCUUCAAGAUUCACAAGUACGGCAAACAGGCGGUGGAGAUUCUCUAUUUGGGGGUGGAGAGGCCCACCAAUGUUUUUGUCUCCCACCGUUACAAACAGCAAGACGCAUCAAAUCCCUGCUUGAGGAUGUCUUGUGAUUUCAUGUGUCUGCUAAACCCAACCGGGGCCCGAUGUGUCUGUCCAGAGGGAAAAGUUCUGGUCAAUGGCACCUGUAAUGACAUCAACAAUUCAGGUGAACUCUGCCGCCCCCCCUGUGAGAAUGGAGGUCGUUGCUUGGCCAAUGAGAAAGGAGACUGGAGGUGCUACUGCUGGCCCGACUUUUCUGGGGAGCGCUGCGAGGUGAACCACUGCACAGACUACUGCUUGAAUGGAGGCACCUGCAUGGGCUCACCACUGGGGAAGCCUACAUGCCGUUGUCCUGUUGGAUACUCUGGGCCUUUCUGUGAGAAGCGGAUUUGUGACAAUUAUUGUCUUAAUGGGGGGACAUGUGACGUCACUCAGGGAAAUCAGCCUGUGUGCCGCUGUAUGGCAGAGUACACCGGGGAUCGCUGUCUUUACCACAUCUGCCAUCACUACUGUGUGAACUCAAAGGCCUGUACGUUAUCCAGCAGCGGCUAUGUGGAAUGUGUGUGUCCCGCAAGGUAUGAAGGGAACAAGUGUGAGGUGGACAAGUGUCUCCGAUGCCAUGGGGCUCCCUGCCUUAUUAACGAGGAAACUUUAGAUGUGGUUUGCAACUGCACAAAUGGUAGAAUUGCGCCAAGCUGUCAGCUGUGUGAUGGAUAUUGCUACAAUGGAGGUACCUGUCACCUGGACCCCGACACCAGCCUUCCAUUCUGUCACUGCACUUCAGGGUUCAAGAACCAACGUUGUGAUGAGCUGGCCAACCCCUGCGAUUACUUCUGUCAGAAUGAGGGGAUGUGCACAUUAACAGCUCUUAACAAACCUCGCUGCAAAUGCUCUGCCAAUUGGGCUGGGACACAAUGUGAAAGGCCUGCCCCUAAAAGCAGCAGAUCAGACAACACAAGUGGAGGAAGCAUUGCCAUCAUUGUACCUCUGGUUUUGCUGGUUAUCCUGAUCGUGAUGGUGGUGGCAGGUGUUUAUAUCUGCAGACGGAGGCAAAGGGGAAAACGUGUGCAGAGGCAGCCCAUGACAAACGGAGGGAUAAACGUGGAGAUUGGUAACCCGUCAUACAACAUGUAUGAGGUGGACCACGACAACCAUGCUGAUGCAGGCAGUCUGCUGCGACCCAACUUCACACUGGACCCUCACAAGGGGUGGUGUGUAAAAUCCAGUGACCCUCACGCCUUGGGCAUGAAUUCUGUGCCCAAGGAGGUCAUUCCUGGACAGCCUAUGAAUUACUCCAACCCCGUGUAUGCAAAGAUCUAUAUCGACGGACAAAACUGUCGGAAGCCAGUCAUCAGUAUUGAUGAAAGGAGAGAGCUACUCCCAAAGAAACUAGAGGGGACAAUUCGUGAAACCGCCGCAUAGCCUAACUUUACACUUUGUACUUCUUUUUUUUACCACAGUGUACAAUAUAUAAUAUAAAGGAGGAAACAAGAUUUUUCUAUUUCCUACGAGGCUCUUGAGUUUUUCUCGUUUAGCAUCAGCAUAAUAUCCUUGUUGGUGUGUUCAGGAGUUUGAUUUUACAUAUGCAGUUUGCUUACUCAUUUUUAUUUCAAAGCUAUACAGCACUAUCCUGUAACUGUAUCGAAGUAAACCUUCUGAUUUGCAAAAAAAAAAAAAAAAAAAAAAUUAACACCUUAAGCCACUCUUGUGCACAGUUCAAAUGCUCCAAUUCAGUGCUACAAUUUGUACCAACAGCUGACUCUAGUUUAAAA